AAGCGCAGCCUCCCGAGGAACCUGGUAGCCAAGGCAGCGGCAGGCUCAACUCAGAUAUCGCGAGACAGAGCAGCCCUCGCGAGAUCUGCCCUCGUCCCUGACGGGCGGGUGUUCUUUCCGGGAGCUAUGGGAGGGCUCUGGCGUCCAGAAUGGCGGCGCGUCGCUUUUUGUGGCUGGCGCUGGAGCCACCCUGGGCCCCCGACCGGCGUUGCGGAGAGGUUAGAGCCGCGUCUAAGGCCGGGGAGGAGCGGCACAGGAGGUGCUGAGAGGGGGCUGAGGCCGGUCGGGACAUGGAGGCGCCCGAGUUUGGCCCGGGACCUGGCCGUGCAGGCGCCGAGGCGGCCGAAGAGCACAAACCCUUUCACGCGCGCGCAGGAGGAGGAGUGGCGGCGGCGGAACAAGACCGUCCUCACGUACGUGGCCGCGGCCGCCGUGGGCAUGCUGGGGAUGUCCUAUGCCGCGGUGCCCCUUUAUCGACUCUAUUGCCAGACUACUGGACUUGGAGGAUCGGUAGCGGCAGGUCAUGCAUCAGACCAGAUUGAAAAGAUGGUGCCUGUUAAGGAUCGCGUCAUUAGAGUCACCUUUAAUGCAGAUGUGCAUGCAAGUCUCCAGUGGAACUUCAGACCUCAGCAAACGGAAAUAUAUGUAGUGCCAGGAGAGACGGCACUGGCAUUUUAUAAAGCGAAGAAUCCUACUGACAAACCAGUAAUCGGAAUUUCUACAUACAACGUUGUACCAUUUGAAGCUGGACAGUAUUUCAAUAAAAUACAGUGCUUCUGUUUUGAAGAACAAAGGCUUAAUCCACAAGAGGAAGUAGAUAUGCCAGUGUUUUUCUACAUUGAUCCUGAAUUUGCUGAAGAUCCAAGAAUGGUGAAUGUUGAUCUCAUCACCCUUUCUUAUACUUUUUUUGAAGCAAAGGAGGGGCACACGUUGCCAGUUCCAGGAUAUAAUUGAAGUCAGCAACUAGGGUCUCCUUCAAAUAUGUGAUUUUUGAAAAAUCAUGUAUAUUGUCUUCUCAGAAGAGAAAUAUUCUACAAUAAUACCUCCCAUUCUAUUUUAUGCCUUCUAUUUUAAAUAUUAUGUACUGAAUUUUUUUCCCCCAACUAAUUUACCCUACUUAAGAGAACAGGUUCAGGUUUUUAUCAUAAGGAAUCCACAUGCCUAUUUACAAUGUAUGACUGACUGUUCAAAACCAUAUUAGAAUUUGUUAAGUGAUAUUAAAAUAAAUUGCUUUGUUUCUUUUUUAUAUAUAUAGGCAUGGGCUUGAUGGAUCAGCAUAAUUCGCUGAUCUCCUUCCAAAUUAUUAGCACUUUGUAUUGGUAGCAAUGAUUUUUUCUUUCUUUUUUUUUUUAAUGCCCACGUGUUGUCUUAGGCUCUAGAACUUGUAACCAUUUUUAUUAUUUCUAAAACAGUUGGUUACUACUUUCUUUCAUUGUGAGUCACUUUUAAAAGCUCAAAAUGGAAGAGGAAUCACUAAGCCCUAAUAGUUUGCCCAAAGAUUACAUUCUGAUUUCAAAUGUGACUGUUUUUCCUUUAAGAUACGGAGCAAUUUACAUUCAGAGUACUGAAUAGGUACUUUGAAAUUUCAGUAUCAUCAAAAUGAAAUAAAAUGCGUUAAAUAUCUACGAGGCUUCUAGCAUUUCCUGUGAUGGUUCCAAGUCCCUGAAUAUUAAAAUGUUAAGUGUGGGAUUGUAAAGAUUACUGACAUCAGAAGUUCUUCAAUGAACAAACUGUAAAAAAGAUGUAUUAAAUUGUUUUAAUAGUAACUUGUCAUUGUAAUUUAUGACAUAAACGAAUGUACAAUUCUGAAA